GGAGGGUGACGGCGGGAGGGGGGAGGGAAGUCAAGUCAGACACAGAAGAAAGUGUGUGGUGUGUGUGUGUGUGUGGGCGGCUGUGUGUGAGAGGGUGAGGAAGUACUACUUAGUUAAGGUGGUAGUAGUGUGCGCGUGUGUGUAAGAAGCAGCCAGCCAGCCAGGGAAGGGGAUGGGCGAGAGGGAGGGGGGAAAAGAGAGAAAAGGAAAAAGAAACGAUGAGACAAGGUCCAAAGCCAGAAACCAGCUGAGGGAGAGAGACCACCGUCGUGCUUGUUCCAGCCCGUGUGUGUGUCAAGUCAGAUCCAAUCCCAUGCCAUCCCAUCCGUCCAGUGCAGAGCAGUUCGAGUCCGUCUGUCUGCCAGCCCGUUCGGGACACCAUGCAGCACGCAGCGUGAUUGGCCUUCCCCCCGGGGGCAUCCGCAGACACCCUCCACUGAGCGUGGAUGUGGUUGGCGUAGCUGUCGCAGCAAGAGGAAUGAGAUGCAUGGUCGGGCUGGAUGGUCACUGCUCUGACUCGGCACAUCCGCCCGGCGCCGUGAGCGAGGAUGGAGGUCCCUGCUGGAGUGGGAACCCGUGUGUGAUGAUGAUGGUGAGGGGGGAGGGGGUCUGAGGGGAGCUCAGAGAUACGGUAUGUGCAGCCUAGACAAGGGAGGGGGGGAAAGGAAGGCACAUCAGGGUUGAAGUCAAUCACAAGUCAUUCCCAACCGGGACAAGAAUGUGAGGCACCCUCAAGUAUGGAUUAUGGAUCGAAGCAAGAAGGAAACGUGGGCUGGAUGUCCACCGGGACAAGCCAUUGACGGUGGAUCACGAGAGAACAAACAAACAAUCCGGGGAACCGACAUGGGGACAAGAGAAGUUGCAUUAUAGGAAAAGUAUCACCCACCCAUGUUGAUGAUAUUGGAUUCGAUGGUGUAAGAAGAUCAAAAUGAAGAAAAGAGGAGGAAGUGGAAGGAAAAUGAUACGUUAGUUAUCAAGCAGUAGUACGGAGUAGUGGUAGUAGUGAUGAUGAUGAUGAUGAUGAUGAUGAUGAUGAUGAUGAUGAUGAUGAU